AUGGCGACUCCAAGUCAUCAAACCGCUACCAUGGAGAACAAAGAUGUGAUCUCGGCUCAUGUCGAGAACACACCUAUCGAAAUGGUAGCAAGAGAAGAUCCAGUUGACAUUCUCGCUCAUGACUCCAACAUCUACUUCACUGUAGAAGAGGAAAAGAGGGUGCUCCGCAAGAUCGAUACACGAGUUCUGCCUCUCAUGCUCGGAGCUUACUUCUUACAACAACUCGAUAAAUCUGCGCUGUCAUACACUUCGGUGUUCAACAUUCAAAAAGAUGCUGGACUUCACGGUCGUCAAUACUCAUGGCUAGGCUCUAUCUUGUAUAUUGCUCAGCUUGUUAUGCAACCACUAGGUGCUGUUCUACUUGUCAAGCUUCCAACUGGAAAAGUUAUUUCUGUUGCAAUCUUUCUCUGGGGAGUGACUAUGUGUGGUAUGGCCGGAUGUACCAACUUUCGAGAACUUCUUGCUACGAGGUUCUUGCUUGGUAGCUUUGAAAGUUUGAUCGGACCUUCUCUUGUAGCAGUAACACAAAUGUGGUGGCGUCGAAGUGAACAAACAAACAGGACCUCAGCAUGGAACGCCAUGAACGGCAUCACAUUUGUUUUCGGAUCUCUUAGCACAUAUGGACUCGGCCACAUCAAGACCGACAAACUGCAUUCUUAUCAAAUUAUCUUCCUCUAUUGCGGCUGCAUAACCCUCGUCUUCUCCGUCUUUUCCAUCAUAUUCUUCCCAGACUCUCCCAUGGAAGCAAAGUUUUGGCGCGAAAACGAAAGAGAUAUCGCUAUCGAACGGCUGAGAGCCAAUCAGACAGGUAUCGUAUCGAGGAAAUGGAGAUGGGAACAUGUUAUCGAGGCAGUUCUUGAUCCCAAGACUUGGUGUUGGUUCUUCCUCGUCAUGGCCAUCUCCAUUCCAUCAGGUGGAAUCGGUACCUUCGGUCCCCUAAUAGUCCAAUCUUUCGGUUUCGACCAGUUCCGCACCAUUCUUUUCAACAUCCCGUUCGGCGUCGUAAAUAUCAUAGCCAUCCUCUGCGGCGGCUGGCUCGCCACCCGCAUCAAAUCCAAAGGCCUAGUCAUCGCCAUCCUCGCCCUCCCUUGUAUCGCAGGUGCCUCAAUCUUGCUCGCUCUACCACGCGGACCUGGCUCAAAAGGUCCUUUGCUAGUCGCAUACUACCUCACGAGUUUCCUAGCCGGCAUUACACCUUUAAUAUACAGUUGGCAUGUACAAAACACCGCUGGUGACACGAAAAGAAAGGUCGUAACUGGCAUCCUCGGUCCCCUCCUCUACAGCGCCGAAGACAAACCCUACUACCGUAAAGGUCUAAUCUCCAACCUCUGCAUGUUCGUCUUCGUCGAAGUGCUCGUCGGUCUUAUAAUCCUGUACCUCAAAUUCCUGAACGGUAGACACGCGAGCAUGCGAUCUGCGGUCGGAAAGAGCGCAGAGGUGCAAGACGAGAGUAUGAUGCGCAAAAUUGAUUUGCAGGCGUUGGGCAAGGGGGUCGGUGAGAGUGCACGAGCGGGAAUGGGUCAGAAUGGUACACAGGGUGGGAGAAGGGAGGAGGAUAAUGCGUUCAGGGAUAUGACGGAUUUGAAGAAUGAGGAUUUUAUUUAUGUUUAUUAG